AGUUCAACAGUAGGGAUCUGUAGGCAGCAGUGUAAAUAAGAAAGUAGAGAAGCAACUGCACAACAGUUCUCAGACAUUUCAGAAUGGCAUCAGCCAUCCCAGGAGAGCGUCUACAGUGUGAACUGACCUGUCCUCUCUGUAAGCAGCUGUUUACUGACCCAGUCAUGCUGGAGUGUGAUCACCAUUUCUGCAGAGCCUGUAUUACGAUGUUCUGGGACCAGACUGCAGGUAGUGUCUCCUGUGCACUCUGCCACAAAACAUUAAGAAACCAACACCUCCGACCCAAUCUGCCUUUGGCCAAUGUUGUGAAUAUGCUGAAAGAGAUGGAAUCAGGAGCUCAGCAACUGGACAUUGGAAGAACCGAUCUUAACGAGGAUGAGGAUUAUUGCAAGACACACGAAGAGAGAGUGAAGCUGUUCUGUGACGAGGACCAGGCAGUGCUGUGUGUGGUGUGUGGACUGUCUCAACACCACAGACUUCACUCGGUGAUGCCUAUAGAGGAAGCCUAUGAGCACUACAAGGAACAGUUGAGGGCUGGGCCCUUAGAAAUCCUUCGACAACAACUGGGAACUGUUGGUGAAAUGAUUACAGAAAGAGAAAGCUGGAUCACAACCACACAGGAAAAGGCAAAGAUGAUCAGGGAAGAGGUAACAACAGAGUUCUCCCAAAUGCACCAGUUUCUUUGGGAUGAGGAGAAGGCAUUAAGAAAGAGGGUGGAACAUGUAGAGGAAGAUAUUCUGAAGGUCCUUGAGCACCAGAAAGCCAGACUGUCUGAAAAGAUGGAAGAAAUCAUGCAAGCAAUGAAGGGUAUUGAGGAGAGACUGACUGUGAAACAUAAACCGAGAUUUCUUAAGGGCAUUAAGGAUUUGAUGAAUGGGUCUGCUAUAAAGUUGCACACUGAUUCAGCAAUGCCUGCAGGUCUCGAUAGAAGCAUCUUCCUGGGUCCAUUGCAAUACCAAGUAUGGAAGAAGAUGAAAGAUUUCAUCACUCCAGUUCCUGUUCCCAUAAUAUUGGACCCAAUGACAGCCCAUCCUUGCUUGACAUUUUCAAAAGAUCUCAUGCGUGUUAAAUGCAGUAACACAUGGCAGGAGGUUCCUGACAACUCAGAAAGAUUUAAUCCUGCUCUGUCAGUGCUUGGAUCAGAAGGAUUCAUAUCUGGAAGAGUCUACUGGGAGGUAGAUGUUGGACAGAAAACAAAGUGGGAUGUGGGCGUUGCCAGGGAAUCGGUAAUCAGGCAAGGUGAUUUUAUGCUGUCACCACAAGAAGGAUUCUGGGUUCUGAUUCUAAGAGAUGAACAAAAAUACCUAGCUUCUAACUACAUAGACAUUGAGUUAACCCCAAAAGUAAAACCCAGAAGAAUUGGAGUAUACCUAGACUAUGAAAGGGGGCUUGUAUCUUUUUAUAAUGCACAUACUAUGGAACACCUCUACACUUUUAACGAUUCCUUCACAGAGAAAAUGUACCCUUAUUUCAGUCCUGGAAUGAUUGAUGGGAUUAAAAACACAGAACCACUGAAAAUAUUUGCACUCAGUCUUUAGAAAUAUUGGAUGUGAAUUCUUUUUCAUACCUCUGAAGACUGUGACAGCUACAUCCAUUUUAGUUAGGUAAUAAUGAAGCAAUAUAGUAGUGUUCUAAGUAACACUUAUUUCAUGCUGUUGUAUACUGCUGUGUUUUAGGGAAACAACGUAAUAAUGAUGUAGCAUUUUGUAGGCAAACAGACAGUGUUGUUUUCCCCUACAAAACUAUGUAGGAUGUUACUGGUAUAAACUGUGAGGUAAGUGCUACAAAAAUAUUGGAUGCAGCCAGUGAAAUGGGAUAAAUUCAAGGAUUGCUACACAGCAUUAUCACUUUUUUAUAAAAAAAAAAAAAAAAACUUCAUGCUGGUUAGUUUCACUGAUGGUGACAUGUAUGGCCACAUAACCAUGAGCUAUCCUGUGAAAGUGAUGAAACACACCAAAGACAACAUCCAUAAAGCUGGUAAAAAAGCUGCAUCUCUUAAUGCUGAGACAUAAAAGGCUCUUCGGUGACUAGAUUCAACUACAUAGUCUAAGGUUUUACAAAAGAUAAUUCAUCACAGUAAAGUGAAAUGAAAUUUAUUAAUUGAAAGCUUUUGGACUUUCUUCUUGUCAUUUCCAAAAAGGUUUAUUUUAAGACAUUGAAAAAUCACGUUUAUAUAUUUAAAUUAUAUUUUUAUUCAUUAUGUUAAUUUAUGAUAAAGCAGACCUGGCCUUGCUAGAAGUUUAUAAUUAUGCGUAUAAAGCAUACGAUGAAACAUUAAUGGCAAUAUUGACUGAUUUUGUCAUUCUAGUGGGAGAGCCUUGUUUUCCUUUAUAAUCAUCACCAGUACAACUUUUUGAUCAUUGAUUUCAUUGUGUUAUUGUGAGACAAGCUUCAUUAAUACCGAAUUUGUUUUAGUAGCUAUUAGCAAUGGACAGAUACAACCCUGCUCUUUUCCCAGGUACUAAUGUAUGACUGGGUCUCUAAAUGAGAAGUAGAGUGGCUUCAGCUGAUAGGACAGAAACAAACCGAAAUAUAAAUGUGCAUAUGUGUUUGUUGGUUUGUAUAUACAGUGUUCAUGCAUUUCACUUGAAAUACAUUAUCAGUGUAUGAUUCAAAUGUACACAAUGAAUAUUUAAAAAGACUGAAUUAUAGCUUAAUUCUUUAUCACACAUUUUAUUUAUAAAAUGGUAAUGAGUAUCUUUAAGACUGGCUUGUUUUUCUCUGUCUUUUUUCUUCUUCAGGAUUGCUGAAGGUUUGUAGUGAAAUGUUUUCUGUGACAUAUAUUGUCAUAAUUUCAUAAUUUAUUUUCAUCCUUUUUGCACAUUUUUACAGUAUUACAUGAAUACUCACAAUAUAAGUAAUACUGACCAAGUAUUUGCUGACAGCAGCAAAGAUAAACUGUCAAGCUAUUAUUAGAUACCAUGAAAUAGUACUGCAAGAUCAACUCCAUAAGUAGUAGAGGCCCUCACAAUGGCAGAAUUAUGUCAAGAUUUGCCUGCUAAGGAAUAAGUGAGAGAUCCAGGUGGUGCAGACAUGACAACCAGAGGAACAGAUGGAAGACCUGGUAGGGAGAAACAUAAGUAAAAAAAUGGUUAGUGAUUUUUAGCAGCAAUUGCUUAGACAUUAUUAUAGUAUAUAGUGAAAAAAGUUGGGAAGAAUUAGUGUGAAUAUUCUUACACAUGUUACACAAACAACCCAAUCCCAGAUGUUCAAAGACCACUCUCUUGCAACCA